GAGGCUUUGAUGAGUGCGUUUGAUUGUGCGCGGAAGCGCACGCGAGACGUGGUCGCUAUCAUCUUGUCUCAGUGCAUCAAGUCUGCAUUUGCGCGCCCUCGCAUGCGUAGUCCGUUGGAUCAACGCGCCGCCGCCCUGCUUGGCCCUCGCGCCCGCAGUCGUUAGGGCUCAGGGCAUUUGGUUUUGAGCUGGGGUGGUCUGACCUUGAGAACCGGUUUCCAUUUGCAUGACACAAAAAUGUGGGGGUGCCAAGUUAACCGAGGAUCAGAUCCAUUGGACCGUCAUGCAGGCCAUGGCCAAGGAGGACUUCAAAGCCGACCGCAGGCUCGGCAGGACCAAAGAGGAAGAGAAGCCCGUGAAGGACGCCUGGGACGCCGUCCAGGCGAUGAUCAAGGGCAACCCGGCGCAAGAGGCCAUAGUUAUGAAGAACGUUGUCAGCGGCACCAAUUCUUUGUCACAGGUCGAGUGGCUCCACAUGGAGGGCGCCAUGCCUGCAGAAGAAAAACAGACACACAAGAACUUGGGGGCGUGGAUGCAAUCCCGCGCCAAAGCCAGCGGUGUGAAGGCAGAGAAGGAGGAAGAAGAGGACGACGAUGACGAGGAGGCCCUGGCGCUGCUGGCGGGCGACGGCGGCGCAGAGGGAGGUCUAGAAGACGACGAGUCGGACGGUGACGACGAGGCGCCGCCGAAGAAGGGCGACAAGGAAGAGGAGGAGCCAGAGAUAGUCGUGGACAAGGACAAGAACUGGAGCGCGGUCAACCUGGUGUGCAAGGAGAGCAAGCUGAGCUACCGCGGCGUCCUUUCCCAGAUCGGCUUCACCAACUGGUUGUGGUACAGGUGCGUCCGACCAAGUCUCGAGGCGACGAAGUCCUCGCUCCCGGACAUAGAUUUGAGCGAUUGCCCGUACGGCAUAGAGGACAUCGACGAGAUCUUCAACAUGUACUUGCCGGCAGGCAAGCUCAAAAAAGACGAGAAGGACGACAAGAAGGAUAAGAAAGACAAGAAAGACAAGGACAAGGACAAGAAGGAUGACAAGAAGGACAAGAAAGACAAGAAGGACGACAAGAAAGACGACAAAAAAGAGAAGGACAAGGAAAAAGACAAAAAGAAGAAGAAAGAUGCCGUCACACUGAACACCAAGGAGAAACUGCAGGUUGAGCACUUGCUCAAGAACAUGAUCUUCGGGGAGGACGGAAAGAAGAAGACGAUCACCACAGGUUGGGCGAACAUGAUCGAAGAGAAGGACAUCAACGUGCUUGUCCCCUGGGAGUUCCAGAUAGCGCACGUCAUGCGGCAGUGCAUGCAGCUCGAGUACACCACCAAGAAGAAGAAGGAGGACCCGCCCCCGGCGGCGUACUACGAGAUGGCCCAGGCUUUGGCGGACGCCAUCAGCACCCUCCGCAAGCAGUACGCGUUCGAGUUCCCGGACAUCAAGGAGACCGAGCUUCUGCCGCUGCAGGACGCCCUGGCGCUGCAGGAGCGCUUCCGGGAGGGCUCCGUGGGGACCAUGAAGUUCGACCUCCUGUGGUACCUUCAGCACGGCGCGCACCUGAUCGCAGGCAGCAGCUUCAUGAAGCGCCACAAGACCACCGUCUUCAAGCCGUUCAAGAUCCAGCAGGACAUGGUGGACGCGAUACUGUCCCCAGGACCGCAGCUGGUGUUCGGCAUCGCGCCUCCCGGGACGGGCAAGACCGCCGUGGUCUCCCACUUGCUGAACCUCUUCCCCGGCCGCCGCCCCAGCCGAGCGAGCGUGAGUCUCCGUUUGCGGGAUUUGCGCAGCCGCCCGGUCGACGUCGUCGGCGAGCGCUCGCGAGAGUCGUGGCUGGACGGCUCGGGGACCGAAAGCGGCUUCCGGACGCCGGAUAUUGAGAGAGACGCGUCCGUUUUCGAGAUUGCUCUUGCUGUGCAGUCGUUGGAGGCGCCCGAGGGCUCGAGGCGCCGCCGCUACCGCCAGGCCGAGGAGGCGGGCGCCCCCGCCGCCUGCGCGGCGCCCGGGGCUCCGCACCUCGACUGGAGCAGGGCGGCGCUCGCGGCCCCGCGCGGGGAGGAGGUCCCGUGGCCCGCGCGCCUCGCGCGGGCGGCGCGCUCGGAGGAGGGCGCCAUCGGGGGCAGCUCGGAUGAGGCUCCAGCGUUCCAGCCGAAGUCGAGGACGCAGCGGCGCGAGCAUCAGCGCCGUCUGGCCCGUAAGGCGAAGUCCAUGGCACCGGAGGCCUUGGCGACGGCGGACGUACCUCGUGAGUCGCGUCCCGCGCCAUCAGUGGUCUGGGGCGCUGUAGAUCGCACAGCCGGCCUCGGCGGAGGUCCCGGGAUUAUGGUCACGAGGCUGUGCUUAUAG